CUAUUACUUGAUCUGUGACGGUGACUUGAGAUUUCUGUAUUUUUCUUAAAUUUUGAGACAGAAUUUUAAGAAUAUAAAUUAUAAUUUAUAUCCCAUCUAUCUGUCUGAUAAAAUAACGUAAUGUAAAUGUAUAAGAUUGUACUGUUAUAAAACGGUUAAAUUAACAGUAUUAAUUUGUUAUAUUUAUUAGAAUACCUCAAAUAAAACAUUAAGGCAAUGUUACUGAAAACAAUGAAGUUUUAGUCAAAUUCAUAUUAUAAGCACAAUGAGUCGAUGUGAUUUUAAGAUAGUGUUAUUAGGCAGUGAACAUGUUGGGAAGACUAGUUUAGUAAUAAGAUUUGUGAAUUGUCGAUUUAAUGCAUCAACGCCAUACCAAAACACAAUCGGGGCAGCUUUCUGUGCCAAAACAAUAUAUGUUAAUGGAAAGCCAUUCAAUGUUGGAAUAUGGGACACCGCAGGUAGUGAACGCUAUGAAGCGAUGACACGUAUGUAUUACCGCGGUGCGCAUGCGGCGAUUAUAUGCUAUGACCCGUGUUGUCUCGAAUCUUGGGCGCGACUCCGGCAUUGGUUGCAAGAGUUGAGGGCAGUUGAAGAGGAGUGCAAAGUAUAUCUCUGUGGUACCAAAAAAGAUCUACUUGAUUCCAAUGAGGUCCAGCGAGAGGUUCCAGAAGAUAUAGUACAUACAUACUCCCAAGGUCUACAUGGACACUGUCUGACCUCAAGCAAAACUGGAGAGAAUGUCGAAGAGUUAUUCCAGAAGAUAGUAGAGGAUUGUGUAACAGAUAUUAAUGUGAUGAAGAAUGUGGAAGAGUCAAGAGUACAAUUACAAAAAGAAGAUGAAAAAAAGAGAGUGUACUGUUUCUGCUGAUAAUAAACAAAAACAUAAACUAUGUUUCUGCAAUAGAAAACGCGUCACAUAUAUAUAUAUAUAAUCGUUAGAGUGGUCAAAGUGUUGAGGGACGUUGGUCUGUCUCUUCUGUCAGUGCUUGGCUUUUUUAAUUAUUUGGUUCCUUUAACAAUCACCUUUCUGUGACUGACGACACAUUGAUGUGUGCUUAUGUAUUAUCGCCAUGCUUCCAUCACCAACCGAGUGUUCAUAUUAUAAUUAUAUUCAAAGUCACAACCUCAAAAUUGAGAAUCCCAUUAUUGACCUUUUGGUCAUAUAGGAAUUCACCAUGUAGACAUAUAUUUAGACGCAUUAUUACCUGACUGAAUGUAAUACAAAAUUGACUGAAUAUUAUUAAGGGUUCUAUUUACUCCACAAUGUAUCUUAAAACGUGGAGCACUGUCAUAUGUAAAAUAAAUAAUUCAUAGAUUAUUAUUCUCAAGCAGACUUUUAAAUACAUGGUUACUUAAAAUGUAACUGGCUAAAGCAAAUGUGGUUAAUGAAUAAAAAUAAAUAAUAUGCUGUUAUAUUUCAGUAGCUUUUCACUAUUUGACUUAUUGUCGAAUACAGGUACAUUUUAAUAUAGUUUCAAUAUUUGAGACUGAUCAAAAAACUAUUUUUAUAUUCAAGAUCUCAACUACCAAAUGUAUUUAAUUUAGGAUCAGUAAAGCCUUGAUAAUGCUUUCUAUGCAAAGACAAUUCUCCACAUUUUAUUACGUAUGACGUAUUAUGUGUGUAUACACAUAGCAUAAUUAAGCAAUUUGACAAAACCCAAAUAUGCUUAAACAUUAUUUUUUUGUUAAUUGUCACCUUUUAUGUAUAAAGUAAAUAUAUCGAAAUAUAUUAUUUAACAAA